CAGCCUUACUGGGUAGAGACGAAAAUGCUGGUAUUGAGUGAGUGAGUUUCACAGUAUUUGUUAAUUGAAGAGUUAGUUGUCAUACAUCUUUGAGAAGUACUUACGUACUUAAUACCACUGAUUUGUUCCAUAGAUCGACUGAAAAUGCCUCCCACCACUGAAAUGAAGCGAAGCCCUACGUUCAAGAACUUUCUAUCAACCAUCUUCUCUCUCACAAGCAAAUGAAAUUUCCCGAAUAGAACCUAUACAAUUGCUAGUCUACUAUAGAUCCUUUAUUGCGUUCCACGAAUGAAAUUACCCGAACUACACCAAUACAGGUAGUACUGUAGAUCCUUUAUUGCGUUCCGUUUCUCGUGGCUUGUUUGGUGCUACAGCAACUGGUGAGGAUCAACCAGCUUUAUUCUCUAAUGGUGGUGGUCUGGGGAGUAGUGCCACAAUGGAGGAUCCAUUCGCAGAUAUCGGCUUCUCAGCUUUAGAGGUCAUCGGGGAAGCACAGAAUAGCAUUCCAGGAGGAGGAGGAGGUGUGGUUAAGAUGAAAUCAAAUUACUAGAUUAUGCCUUUACAUAUCAGGAGUAGGACUAGGUCUACGAACCUGUAUUGCUAUCGGAAUAGAGAAGAACAAGAAGUGUUGGCAGGCUCUAAUGAAAGCGAAGCAGGGCGCUAUCAAGUUCCGUCGGCGAGGCAUACAGUCGCUUUUGGGAAAACAGUGUUGCCUGCGAAUACUGCGCCAUUUUUUGCCAACGGGACAAGUAGUGUGGUUCCUGGAUCAGCAAAGCCGUGGAACAAGAAGAAUGGAGGAGGCAAAAAGGGUUAUUUCCUAUCAGCGCCAGUCACACCAAGCAGCAAGGGAGGAAAAUGGACGCAAAAGAAAGGCCAGAAAAAAGGGGGAUUUCCUUUUGGGAAAGACAACAGUACGAAAGGAAAGGGUGGGGUACUUGAUCUUGUCCCGCCUCAGCCAGGAUCCUCUCUAGCUGAAGGAGAUACUGUUACUAGCACAAGCAAAUCCUCUGGCGGUAAGCCGGGCAAGAGUGGCGUCGUACCAAAUGCGAAAGGGGGUAAAAACGACUACUUCAAGGGGAAUAAGAAAGGACAACCGGUGCCAUCAACAUCAUCAGAUGUGUCGUCUAGUGAAAAUAAGAGUAACUACAAGGGUGGAACAAAAAAGGGCUUUGUUGCUAAAGGUGGAUCUACAACUGCUAAGAGUGGAGGUUUCAAAAAAGGAGUAGCAGAUGGCAAGGGUAAUGCAUCGCCUUCAGGGAGUCCUGUAGCUGGAGCAAUAGGGGACAAGAAUGCCAGUCCUGGCGGUGCUUCUGCGGAGACCAACUUAAGACUUGGAUAGUUGUUGAAAUAUCUGGCGCACAUUGUCUGAUUUAUUCAGGAUUCACCUGUUCUUUUUCACUACUCUGUUCAAACCAAGAACCCAUAACCUCGCAACCCACGACAUCAACCCACGGCCAAAGUUCGUUAUCUAAGAAGACCAGAUGAAGCGAAGGGAAAGGGAUUUGCGGGCUCUACGGAUAUCCUAGAUGCUGCACCACCGCGAGACUCAGUAGUGGAGAGAAUUGUUACAGCAUUUGAAGAACGCUCAAAACUUAUGAAAAAAGUUAGAGUUGUAAAAGAUAACCACAACUUUUGAUGUUGCUAUAAGUAAUUAGUUUCAAUGAAAAACUGUGAUUGUGAAGAUGAUGUAGACGCGUGAACCACCUCUACUUGUAUCUCGAUGACGAGACACAUUCACAUUUUUUUAUCAUUUAUAAGUUGGUCCUACUUCUAAUACGAAAGAGCUGGACCACGAAGGCGCAAUGAACCGAAUCCAUGACCUCCUGGAUGAUGUACAGGGACUAAAAGCCCGAAAGAAGGCCCAUGAGGAGAGUCUUGAGGCGACGAGACUUCACCUAUUGUUAUGAUUGAAGUUCAGAUUGUUUCAAGAAGUUACUUACGUGACAUCGUGUCGGAACAACACUGGUGUUGGAACUCAAAAAACAGCGUUUCUUUGGACUUAUCUUCAUACAGAUUCUAGCAGGUUGAGGUUGUACAUGAAGGCCCCUUGAGACGCAUUCAUGAUGAUGAUGCUGAUGAUGUCGCUCAAUUCUAACACUCCAGCAAAAUCUUGAGCUAGCCGCCAAAGAUGAAGCUGAUGAAGCAGAGGCACAAAGAGCACUGGAAGAUAUACGUGCGCAAACGCUCGAUUUGCUAAAAUCAGUGGAGGAAAAAGGUACUCUUACUUUGCUACGCGGGAUCGAAAUUUUCGAAUAAUGCCUUUCCUAAGUACACCUGUUGAAUGACGAGAUCUGCUCUCUUACUUCCUCUUCCUUUUUCUCAGCUGGCGUUGCUCCUAGUGCAGCGAAAGACACACAGGAACGCAAAGAAGGCUCCUCCACGGCAGACGCUCCACCAGACGCUCCACCAGACAAGAGUCCCACUAAGACGUCGCUGAGCGCACUCUUGGCACUGAGCAAAUUUAAGAACAAGAAGCAAAAUAAGAGCAGUGCGUUGAGUCUAUUAGCCAGUGCUGGAGGCGGAGCUGCGACGGGAGCUGCAACAGCUGCUACAACUAGUGCAGGCGUACCAGCGACCGGUCAGUCCGGUCAAACGCCGGGACCAACACUGCUCACGUCGAGUAAUGACCAGGUGGAUGCGAACAAAACUGGAGUUAUGAGCGAAUUUCGAUUAUACUUUGCGAAAAUAUAGCUUUUUUUGUUGGCCGAUAAACUGAUAUCUUUGAUAUAGUUUCCUGCGUACUCGUACUCCAUGAAGAUUCAUCGUGUAGCUUUGAAGAUUUACUUGCUUGCGACCUCCAUAGAGGUUGAAGUACCUCUUGCCGGAUGACAAUCUCUAAUUCUACAACUACCACCGCCACCGAUGGAUCGAAGAUGGUAGACCAGUUAAAGAACGAGUUUGCUAGUAUAAAGAAGCAGUCAAAGGAACGCCAGUCGUUGGGCGAGUUGGUUAAUAUGAAAGACAAUAUCGCGGAUCUGGAUAAGCGCUUGGCGAACAUGGCCAGAACAUUGCAGAAAACUAGGUAGCAUAAAAAGAUUCUGCAGAGAACUAGGUACUAGUCUGCAGAACCUAAGUCACUAGUUUGGUUGUGAACUGAAGAAAAAGUAGCUAGGCAAGUUGUAAGAACUUCCUCGAUAAAUUUUUAGAAGUGCUAGUGGUGUAGUGAAGAAGUAGAAGGUAAAUAUGAAGAUAAUGUUGCUUGUUAAGCUGAUGCUGUAUCAGAAUCUAUGUAUUGCUUAUAGUGUACUACUACUGAAAAUUAUAGCAUUUUGUUCUCGAUCUUGAUCUCAAUCUCCUUCUCCCCAGAAGUAUCGAUCUUGGAUGUUGCUUGAGAUGCAAUAGCCUACCAAUAAGUCGCAUAUGCACAGGACUUUUUUCCUCGUCCUAAGCUAAUUUUUCCUCCUAUGAUUAUCUAUGAAAAGAAAAAGCAAAAAUCUAACGAGCAAUAGUUGACGAUGUACCGAAAACCACUAUGAAUAAACCCAAUCCAAUUUGACAAGUGCACAACGAGAUCAAACAGAACACAGAGGCAUGUCGUGGUCCUAGGAGUAGUAAAUUAGAAAAUAUGUUGGAAGGUUAGCUAAUAGUUAGGUCUGCUCCGCCAAGUAAAUAUUAUUGUGUUGUAAUACUGCAUUAGUCCGAACUCGAUCAGCAGGAAGAGCUGUCGAGCGCCCAAAAUGAUUUGUACCGAAUUUCACCAGUAUCGUCUUCAGCGUUUUGAUUCCUUCCCUAUUAUCGCACGAUUUAAGUUAUCGAAUAUGAUUAGAGCAGUUCUAGUUCGCAUCAGUAUUGGUUGUCAGUAGAGAUACAGCUACAGAUAAUUCGAUAUAUGAUAGAUAAAAGUAGUUGUGUAAACUCGAAAAGGUAGAUGAAGUUGUUCGACCCUUCCCCAAGCUAAGGGUAAAGGAGUUAUGAGGUAUGAUCUAAGUUCACGUGGUAGUAUUAGUUUGAGUUUUUUUCCGCAAAAAGCUAAAUUUACAGUGUACUUGCAUUUUCUGUUGCUGUUAGGCUAAAAAUGGUUGUCGUUCAUGGUUUCGCGAUCUGUCUGAAAGGUUUUUCAAGUGAAUUAGUGCAGGUACUAGGCUUAUGCUUAUCAGAUUCACAAUCACAUGGGGUUUAUAGAUCUCGAUCUAGCAAGAUGAGAAAAGUCUCUUCUGUUAAUACAAUCAAUCAAUCAAUCAAAAAUUGCUCGAUAGGAAAUUUGUAUAGUAAGUUACCUUAGAUUCCAUAGCUAGUUGUAGUUUAGUUAGUUUCUGUUUCUGCAUCCUUCAAUAAAUAACUGGUGGUAGUACCAUCUGCAAAUCGUGCUGUGCUUCGCCAUUUUGUGCUUUCUGCUGUGUCAUCUCUAUAAGUACGUCCAUUGAUCAUGUUCUACCAGUAGUCCAGUCUGUCAAGAAUUUCAUAAUGAUCGUAGACGGUCUCUGGCUUUUCUGUAUUACUAGCAAUUUUGCAUUUGAUCAAAGUAACUGUGGAUGUUGUUUUUCUGCAUAAGCAUCUCGACAUAGUUUUUUUUAGCUGUGUGUGAAUGAUCGCUCCUAUCCCUCCGUGACGGAUCAUCGUUCCUCCACGACAAGUGCCUUCUUUUUUUCCCUUACUAUUACACCUGAACAACUGGCCCUCAAAAGCUGCACUAGAAAGAGGAUAGUAAGCCGAUUGCUGAUGUUUAUGAAAAGUAGUGCAAG